GAUGCGGUCCUUUCUGUGGUGGUGCAUUGCAGCUAUGGCUUUUCUGAGCACAACACUUCUUGUUAGCCACAUGCUGAUCUUUCAUAGCAGGGAGAUUGCAGAGCCGGACUUCAUUUUGAACGAUGACCAUUUGUACUUUAAGACUCGGGUUCAAGUCCCAUUUCACCCUUCCAUUUUGAACAGUUCUAUGAUGGUGGGGGAGGAUUCUAUCGAAGGUUCUCCUACCGCCAUGGUUUCUCCAUAUGCUGCCAGUCGUAGGAAGGGUGAUGGCCUUCCGCAUGCCUUGCCCUCUGUGGAUAAACAAGGUGAUUCUCAGCCCUUGCUUCCGGUAUCGGUACACUCCUGGAUCCCGCCUGAUGGGAGAUGUAGAGCGCAGGAUGCUGCUGUCCCUGGAGGGACCUUGCACAGCCACAGCCUUGUUUGGUGCCCAACGCGGAAUAGGUAUUUGAUGAUGAUCUGUGGGGCUGGACGGUUGUGCAACCGGCUGUCUUGCAUUAUGAACCACAUGGUUGCGGCGACCUUUUUGAACCGAACCCUUGUGUUCCCACUCGAAGAGCUGGGAUUGCCUUUUGACAUCCUCAUUGAUGUCCCUCGUAUUUGGAGGUGUCUGGGGCCAUCAACAGUUAUCAGCCUUAAGGACUUCAGGACACUCAGGCAUGGAGAUGACCAUGUGGACGUGAUGAGGUUCUUUGAUGGCCACAACCCGUCGAUCGCAAAGGGUAUUUCAGUCUUCCAGAAUGUGACUGGAAUCACAAUUGGCAAGAGUGAAGUUGUGACCGCCCGACAAAAGGAGCAAAGCUCCAUCGAGUUCUUUCAGCAGUUCAGUCUGGACGUUGAGGUGCUGAGUGUUGGUGAGUUGUUUGGGGUCAGCUUAUCGAAGGAGGCUAAUGCGAUGCAGCAUGGUCGGGAGCCAUGGACGACAUCCUGCAAAGGAUCCAUCUUGCAACCUCACAAGGUGAUUGUUUCAGUCGCACUGAAUUUCAUCCGUACGUUUCUCGGUUCGCGGUACACUGGUGUUCAUCUGCGGCGUGGGGACUUCUUGAAGGCGUGUGGUCGCAGCAGCUGUUUCUAUCCGCUCCCACAGCUUGCCAAGUGCAUCCGUAGACAAUUGGAGGCGACUAAAGCGUCUGAACUCUUGUUCCUUGCAACAGAUGCACAAGAGGAAGAGGUCGAAGAACUCAUUGUCCUGUUGGAAAGAGACCGUCCACCAAUUAAAGUUGUUCGGCUUUCAAGUCCCGGGGAGGGCUCUCUUGAGAAAAUGCCCAUAAGACACUGGAAUAGACAUCUAACUGAAGAGCAGCGCCAAGUUCCACAAGUAAUCUCGCUUGUUGAGUUGAGUAUCUGUGCCUUGGCAGGGUCGUUCUUUUUCUCCAACUACAGCACGUUUAGUCGCGAAAUCCGUAGACUCCGUACUGCAUGGAGACUAUCAACUUCCCGGGAUAGGCCCAUCUGUGGAGGAGAAAAAGCAGAUUGGGCAAAAGGACCAGCAUGGUGGACGUGAUGUGUGCUGUGGAUGUCGACUCCAUACGGUAGUACGCAUAAGUGGAUGGGGAGCAGUUAAGGCAUCUGCAGAAGGUGAGAUAACUGAGAUGUCUUGGAGGAAUACUUGCUUCUUUUCAUGAAUAUUUCUGUUGCUCUGAAUGAAAUCUAGAUAUGAGCGCACAGAUUCUUUCUGCAAAAGAAGACGGGCUUAACCAGGCAAGAUAGAGUUUUCUGUGAACUGGUUGGUGAAGUUGUGGCGGUCUCUCUUUGGUGGACCGUUGUGUAUUGGUGUACAAAGUGGACGGAUGAUAGGUAGAUAGAAGUCCUUUUGUAAGCUCAUUUCUAUCGGCGUGUGAUGAUCUGAAAGCAAGAGCAAAGAGCUGUGGCUUGUCAACGGGGCACAUGCAAAUUGGAUUCGCACCGCAAGCAAGGUGUUGAAGUUUCGACUUCAACUUUACACUAGACUAUGUGCCUUGUGGACUGUUGGAAAUCAAGCUGCAUCAGGUCG